AUGUCUGGCGACACACGCCAUGAAUUCGAGCGUCGCUCGUCGGUGGCACGGCAGCGCCGGCUAUCUCAGCAGUUCAAACGGCAUGCCUGGCUGGCAUCUCCUGCUGAUACCAUCUAUGCAGGAGUGUCUGCCUUCUUCUCCAACCAUCGUGCCUCAACGGUCGCCAUCGCGGUCAGGGAUACCACCUACAUGCUAGACUUUAUCGAAAGAGUCUUUGACACCAGCGAAGACCAGCCUUGCGCAGAGCGUGUAACAGAAUUUAUCGUCUCACAGCUCAAGGCCUACGCCGAGGAACAUUUGGAGAAGAUCAUCGGCGUGGCCAUGCCGCUUCAUGUCGCCGACCGCUGUCCGGUGCUCUGCUCCCGCUUAUGGGCAGAGCUCGAUAUAAUCCCACUAGUCCUGCCCGAGAGGAGCUUAAUGGACCGGUUUACCUCACGCGAACAACCGCUGCCCAAAGCGUGGGAGGCGCGCACCAUUGACGAACAGGCGGAGUCGAUGGCUCGGAAAUGCGUGAGGUUAUUCGGGCCGGAGAACAUUCCCCUAUUGCAAGUGGGUUUCAUGGGCCUCGUAGAGGUUGACACGGAUUUCCACGUGCGCCUAACGAAUCUGGACGACUUUGAAAAGACGGUUUCGGCUUCGACCUGGAGCGCGCUUCAGCACUAUGCAUCCUAUCUCAAGGAUCGAAGACUGAGGGUUGCCUUCUUCAGCGCAACCCCUCAAGGCGGAGGUGUCGCUUUGAUGAGGCAUGCCCUAGUGCGUUUCUCGCAUUCGUUGGGCACAGAUAUCAAGUGGUAUGUCCCCAAACCACGGCCGGGUGUUUUUCGCAUAACCAAAAACAAUCACAACAUCCUCCAGGGAGUGGCGCUUCCUUCAGAACGAUUGAGUGAAGCUAACAAGAAGGUAUUGACGGCUUGGAUUGAAGAGAAUGCGAGACGAUACUGGACUUUACCAGGCGGACCUCUGUCUCCGCCGUCUGAGGGAGGAGCAGAUGUGCUGAUCGUAGAUGAUCCUCAAAUGCCAGGAUUAAUACCUAUUGCCAAGAAGAUCGCCCCCAAAAGACCGAUCAUUUUCCGAAGUCACAUUCAAAUCAGAAGCGAUCUGAUUGAAAAAGUUGGAAGCCCACAGGCAGAGGCAUGGGAAUUCUUCUGGAGUCAUAUCAAACUGGCCGAUUGCUUCAUCAGCCAUCCCGUAAGCGCAUUUGUACCCCACGAUGUACCGCGGAAAAUCGUCGGCUAUAUGCCGGCGUCCACCGAUUGGCUGGAUGGGUUGAACAAGAAUAUGCGAGACUGGGACGUGGCGCACUACGGCCGUAUCUUCAAUGCAGCCUGCAGGAAUGCUGAUAUGCCCAUGAUCCAAUACCCCGACGACCAGUAUAUCGUGCAAAUCGCAAGGUUCGAUCCAUCAAAGGGCAUUUUCGACGUCCUCGAUUCAUAUGAGAAAUUCUACGAUAGACUCGUCAACGAAAGACCGGAUUUACGGCCUCCAAAGCUUCUGAUAUGUGGGCAUGGCUCGGUGGAUGAUCCGGAUGGAGCGGUCAUUUACGACCAAGUGAUUGAUCUCAUCGAUCACAAAACACCGCAUCUACGUGACCAGAUUUGCAUUAUGCGGCUGAGGCCGUCGGAUCAGGUUUUGAAUGCUGUCCUUUCCAAGGCCACCAUUGCACUGCAACUGUCUACCCGCGAAGGCUUCGAAGUCAAAGUCUCGGAGGCUAUUCACAAGGGCAAGCCGGUGAUCGCCACACGAGCCGGGGGUAUUCCACUGCAGGUCGAAAACACCAAGAAUGGCUUCCUCGUGGAUGUCGGUGACACCGACGCUGUCGCACAGCACCUCUUCUCCCUAUGGACAGACGAGGCCCUCUACCGUCGAAUGUCACAGUAUGCGCUCGACCAUGUCUGUGAUGAGGUGAGCACCGUGGGCAACGCAUUGAGCUGGCUGUUCCUGGCUUGCAAAUUGUCGAAGGGUGAGCCAAUAAACCUCAAUGAGCGCUGGAUUAACGAUCUGGCGUUUGAGGAAAGCGGCAUUCCUAUCCCACCGGACCUGCCCCGGCUCACCCGUGCGGUGCAAGUUGAGAACAUGGGAUAG